CCGGUCAAACCAUCAGACCAUCUGUGAUAACGUGAGGUGUGUCGCACAUUCGAAGACAAGUGUUGUCCUGCUUUGGCUCAACUAGGACAUUUUCCCCGUUUGGACCGAUAGAGGCACCCUUUCAAGGCUGGGGUACCAGAUCGGCGAGGCGGUCCGACUAGUUAGACUACGACGUAAACGAGGUUAUUCGUUUGAAUGUAUCAGCUAGCGUGAUGCUAAGCUAGCUGUCAGCUAAGCAUCCACGGGUUCUGCUUCCAAGCUACCGGUGGCACACCGAAUGCUAUUAGGCGUAUCCUCUUAGCCGUCUUGACAUUCCCUCGACAUUCCCGGACGAAUUCGUGUCGACUGCCCAGAGUCCGCGAAUUCAAGUCCAGUCCUUAUUCAGACUCACCUUGAUAAAGAAACUUGGCUCGCUUUGACUUGCGCAAACGAGGAAGAUCGGAGACGAGGCAAGAAUUCCACUUAAGGACCACACCCAGGCGAGAUGUCCCUCCAUCAGUUUCUAUUAGAACCCAUCACCUGCCACGCGUGGAACCGCGAUAAAACACAAAUUGCCAUAAGUCCUAAUAACCAUGAAGUUCAUAUAUAUAAGAAGAGUGGCAACCAGUGGGUGAAGACCCAUGAGCUGAAGGAGCACAAUGGACACAUAACAGGCAUUGACUGGGCUCCCAAAAGCGACCGCAUAGUGACAUGUGGAGCGGACCGUAAUGCCUACGUGUGGUCCCAGAAAGAGGGGGUGUGGAAGCCUACUUUGGUCAUACUCAGGAUCAACCGAGCUGCAACGUUUGUCAAGUGGUCCCCUCUGGAGAACAAAUUUGCUGUUGGCAGUGGGGCAAGACUCAUCUCUGUCUGCUACUUUGAGUCUGAGAAUGACUGGUGGGUGAGUAAGCAUAUUAAGAAGCCAAUACGCUCAACUAUCCUCAGUCUGGAUUGGCAUCCCAACAAUAUCCUACUGGCUGCUGGCUCAUGUGACUUCAAAUGCAGAGUAUUCUCAGCCUACAUAAAGGAGGUGGAAGAGAAACCCGGCCCCACUCCUUGGGGCAGCAAGAUGCCAUUUGGGGCUGUGCUGGCAGAGUUUGGAGGAGCAGGUGGAGGUGGUUGGGUCCACUCUGUCUCUUUCUCAGCCUCCGGCAACCGCCUGGCCUGGGUCAGCCAUGACAGCACUGUCACUGUAGUGGACAGUUCCAAGACUGCCAGUCCUUCUCAGCUGAAGACCGAGUUCCUCCCCCUUCUCAGUGUCAUCUUUGUCUCAGAGAACAGUGUGGUGGCUGCGGGCCAUGACUGCUGUCCCAUGUUAUUCCGUUGUGAUGAUGGUGGAACCCUGACCUUUGUGACAAAGCUUGACCUCCCUAAGCAGAGUAUUCAGAGGAAUAUCUCAGCCAUGGAGCGUUUCAGGAAUAUGGACAAGAGAGCCACCACCGAGGACCGCAACACUGCCCUAGACACACUACACCAGAACAGCAUCACCCAAGUGUCUAUUUAUGAAGGAGACAAGCGGGACUGUCGCAAGUUCUGCACCACAGGCAUCGAUGGAGCAAUGACCAUUUGGGACUUUAAGAGUCUAGAAGCCUCUAUCCAGGGCCUGCGCAUCAUGUGAGGGAGCACUGUUUAAUGAAUGGAAAGAGACCCUGUCACCUCACCUCUCUCGUCGCCCCAAUUUUCACCUGUCUCCUUUGCACCUCACCACCCUCCUUGCCCUAAUAAUGCAGCCAGUAACGUUUGACUGAUCACCUUUACAGAGUGUCUGCUGAAGCACUGGCCACACAAUAACACCCUUUUGCACAGACACAUAUACACACACACACACACACAUAUAUAUAUAUAUAUAUAUAUAUAUACACAUACACACACAUACACACACACUUUGAACUGACACAUGAUAUCCAUGUUGAUUGUCUUUUUUUGUUUUAAAUAAAGAAUAACCAGGGGUCACAGUGUGAAGGGCCUUUGACAGGUAUUAAAUGUGCCGUGAAAUGUUUUUGUUCUCUAUCCCCCUGUACCAAACGGCAAACACUAAAUGGUGCAUUUUACUUUGAAUUAGACUGCAUUUUACCUUGGUUUACCGUUAAUGUGAUCUCUGAAUAUUAAUGCUUUGUAGACAAGAUACAGUUGGUGUUUUGCUCUCUGGAGGUAUAUAAUCUUUUCCAGCAAGUGAAGUUAUUGUUUUGAUUAAGACAUUGAUCGAUUCAUAUUCUGAGGUCAUGUUGUUGGUGAACUGUAUAAGAACUGUUGGUGGAGUUUGAAUGCAACAGUCUCAACCCUGCGUGGAAUCACAGCAGGCUGUCACUAGGCUCUGUAGCUACUACACUAAACCAAUACAAGAUGGAGGGUUUCUAUGUAACUGAUCAUGAGCUAGACAUGAAAUAAAGAUGAAGUACAUUUACA